AUGUUGUCCAUCACCAACAUGCAACGCCAGACCAGCCCUGACUCAACGGAGGGCCGGCGACGCGAUCUGAAGGUUGGGGCAAGUUUCGUCCACUCCACCACCACUGUGCAGCUUCAAAGAGAAGCGAAAUGGAAGGAACACUUGAAGUCAUACAUGCAAAGUUACUAUUUGGCCAAUGCUAUGGCCGGAAUCGUCAUUUUGGACGCCUUCUGCACAUGUGCAGAUAUUGAUGCCAGGGCCGCAGAACAUACUCCAUCUUGGGUUGUCAAGAGCAUUACUGAUGUCUGCUUGGGGGUGUACACUCUUGAAGCGGUGACUCAGUUGUGCUUGUUUGGCAGGAAGAUUCUGCGGGAUUGGAUGACUGUGAUGGAUAUCAGCAUUGUGGCAUGUGGCUGGGCUGAGGCCGCUAUUGACGUUCUCGGAGCUGGUGACUCCAUCUUUCGACUCGGCAUCGUCAGGGCACUUCGUUUAGUGCGCAUUUUUCGCCUCAUCCGACUCUUACGGCGGAUCAGGGCUUUCCGCGAGCUUCACAAGCUGGAUCUCUGUGCGAGGAACCUUGCGCAAGGAUCUCGGAAAAAGGGCCCUGAACGAAUUCACAUCACCAUUGUGCAAGAACUUCUAGGUCGCUUCAGGGUGAAACCACCCAAGGACUAUGACAAGGGAAGAUCACUGGAUGGUGACCUCGAAAAGAAGCCUAGCAAGGUUGAUCUUCUUCGUUCUGGAGCUACGUACAAGUUGUUGGAUGAUGUACUUAAGACCUUUCUGUUAUCUGACCCUGACACCAUCCCAGCCAUCCGAGAUCAUGAGGAGAAAGCAGUCUUCGAGAUUGGUGAUGAGGGGGCGGCGUCUGCCGAUGCACUGGAUGCAAAUUGGAUUUUCCUCAUGCAUUAUUUCAGCACAUUUGCUGGAGAUGGUGUGCCAAACGCAAGCUUGUUUGAGGACAUAUUCUACCUCAUUUGCCGAACCUAUGCCAUUUUCCCAUCACAAACCCGAAAGAAGGUGCAGAAGGACUGGGCCAAGCAGCAGGGUGGUGUGGCGCGUUCUCUGUGUGUCCACUGCUAUGGCCUCUUCAACAGAGCUGGGGGAGCAAGGACCCAACGCAUCCAGAUGCUGAAGGAUCUCAUUCGCAAAGUGGCCCAAGAUAAGCACGGUGGCAACUAUGAGACAGCCAUCCAAGAGAACAGCUAUGCAAAGCCUGGUGAUGAUGAGGUGGAAAUCGGAUCAAGUUCAGGGCAAGACGCUCACGAUCAAGAAUGCGAAGUGGUGGACGAUGACACUGUGUCCGUGAAAAAGGUCACCAUAACCAAAGAGGCUGAUCCGAAGAAUCCUGACAACAUGGAGACCGUCCCCAUGGAGGAAGCGUUGGAUGAGGAACUGCGUGCGUGGUACUUGACCCAGGAUUCCCAUCCUCCAGAUUGGGUUCUUCAAAAAGCCCCACAACUCGAAGAAGUUCAUGAUGAUGAUGAGCCUACCCGUCGUCAAGCAAUGAAGGAUCGCCAGCCACUUCUCCCUGGGGUUCCCAAGCUUGGAGAGUCUUUGGAGGCACAGGUGGCUUCCAUGAUGUCUGGUGAAGCUGGGGACGUUGAUGCUCUGCAAGCCCAAGCGAAGGUUCGUCAAGCAGCCCGGGAUGCUACAAAAGGGUUGACGGAUGAUGGAAAAGAACCCAAACACACAGCAAGGAAAGGCAAGGGACGAGGUCGAGGUAAAGGUCGUGGGAAAGGUGCAGGAAAAGGCAACACUGAAUAUGACAGUACCGCAGCAGAUACAAACACCGACAAGAAACGCAAAGAUGCAGAGUGCAGCUCAGAAGCAUUCAACCCAGCAAUGAAAAAACCGAAGCCCGAUGAUGCAGAACAAGAAGCAGUAGAUGCACCACAGGACGCACAAGAAGCCUGCUCAACAGCAGCACAGCCUGGGAAGCAGCAGGUUGAAAAAGCAGAUGUUGGGGCAGCAAAGGGUGAGGAAGCAACUCCACCACUUGCAUCUGAUGGCAAACCUAAGAAAACCCGAGCCGCCAGACCCAGACCCAAACUUACUGGCGAUGAACUUCAGACAGCGUGGGCAGUGCAGGAGGAUGAGCUGAAAAAGGGUGGCGUUCCCAUCCCAGAGGGGUUCAAGGGCGCGCAGAAAUCGUACACCUUACCGCCUCGCGAUCCCACCUCAAUGCAAUGGAUGGACAUCUUGGCAGAGCUGGGUCGCGGCACCCAAAAUGACCUGCUAAGUGUGGAAGGCUGGUUGUUGGCAGUGCGGGAGCGUUGGAUUACGUCUUUGGAGGACUACAUGCCCGAGGCAAAGAGGUCUGGUGGCCAAUCCUUGCGGGAAUCUGCGGAGUAUACUGAUGAGUUUGCAAACUUCAUUUGCUCGAAGUUUGCAGAGGAGGAUACCACAGACCAUCCCAUCCUUGACCUUCCCGCGAGAUUGGACGCAGUGCACCCAGCAGCUGCUCCCUUUGAUUGGUCCUAUGCCCAGUUGGGCCCUAUCCGCACAGCUUCUGGUGGUGAAGUGCCAGCUGCGGUUGUGACUGGUAUUCCCGCAUCAGACACUACCCAUGAAUCACCUGUAGAGAUCCCGGAUGACCCGCAACCUAUGUCACCGACCUUACUUGAGACACCCACGGAACCUGACAUGAUUACCCGUCGUGCAAGUACCAUGAGUACGAUUCCUGCAUCAGAAGAAGAAAUUGCAGGGAUGGCAGCGUCAAGCCGUGGUGAAGAUCUUGAUGGAUCCAGCGUUUCCGAAGAGACCAUCAACGCCCGUAAGAAUUUUUGGGCCAAGUUUAAGAAGGUGAAGACUCAGAGCUUGCCCGACCCAGCAAGCCCAGUUGGGGUUGAAGCGGCAGCACCCGCCAUUCCCAGCAGUGUUGAAGAGGCAUCACCCGCCAUUCCCAGCAGUGUUGCACCAGCAACUGAACCAGAAAUUCCUGCGCCAACUACUGAGGUGGUUGCAACAAUUGUUGCCCCUGAGCCAGAAAUUCCUGUGCCAAUGGCUACUGAGGUGGUUGCAACGACUGUUGCUGAGACUGAUGCAACCAGCGUUGAGCCAGAAACUCCUGUGCCCACGACUACUGAGGCGUUUGCAAGAACUGUUGCUGAGGCUGGUGCAACCAGCGUUGAGCCAGAAACGCCUGUGCCAACAAUUACUGAGAGACCUACUGAGGCAGUUGCAGCACCACCCUUAGUAGCUCCCCCCACCACACCAGUUGCCUCUCUACCUGCCCAUCCACCUGCAGAGACCAGCAAGAAACCAGCAGCUGAAGUAUCACUUGCAAAGUCCGACAGUCCAACGGAAGAAGCCUUGAAACGAUUGACCACUGUAGAUUUGGAAAAUGGACAAAAGCCUGGCGCUUUUGCAACUAGUGCAGUGAUGUUGUCGACGCCGCAGUCUAGCAUUGUCUUGGUGAAGGUGGGUGACAAACUGGAACCUGUAGAGGUAACCUUGUCAGCUGCACAGUGCCGUGCUGCUGGAUUUGUUUUGCUGAGUGAUGCUAAAAGCGGUGUGUGUGCUCCGGCUGAAAACCAUGCUCAAAAGGAGAACCGUCAAGCCUUGGGACUGCCUCCUGAUCCCACCGGUGUGUUGCAGAGUUUCGCCCCACCUCAUUCUGCCAGUCCUGAUUCUCCUGCCGGUGCUGCCCCAAGCUCAAGCAUGCCUUCUGAACCUCCUGCCCUGCCACCUUCCCAGCAACUUUCUCCCCCACCAUCAGAGACACCGCCCGGAGGGAUGAGGGUCAAAGAAGAAGGGGGUGACACCGAUGCAGAGGCCAAGUUCGCCGAGCUCCAAAAGAUCACAGCUCAACAUGGUGCCCAGUCCAAGGAGGCCAAGGCGGUGAGAGCUCAACUAUUUGAGGAGUUCGUUCAGGAUCUCCUGGAGAAGUAUCGCGGCAACAAGGACAUGGUGGCGAGCAUCAUCAAGGACAAAGAAGAGUUGGGGAUGUGGGAACGCAACCCUGACUACAAAGAGCAAAAGAUGUACCAUUGCUGGGAUGCAACGGCAACAAUCAGAGACAAUACUCAUGCGACAAGCACGGAAGUUACCACAGAAGGGGGCAUUUCCACUCAAGAUGCGAAGCCGAUGCUAGACGCAUCUGCGUUGCCAACCGCUUCUGGUGCUCUGGACGGCGGCAAUGGUGACGAGCGAGAUGACCGGAAAAAAAACAAACCCAAGACCAAGGCAGCCCCCAAACCCAAUACUGAAAAUAAAACCGGUGCAAUCCCAAAGUUGAAGACUGCCGAGCAGGAAGCAAAAACAGCAAUGUCAGCAGCCAGCAGUAUGAUCUUGGAAUGCAAAGGUUGGGACGCCAAGAUGAGUUCGGCUGGCACGCCUGAAGAAUUGAAGAAGGCCGUGCUCAAGGACUUGAACCACCACGCUUCUGAGAUUUCUCAAGCCCGGGACAGUGUAGAGGCCUGUGUGGCUAGAUCUGGUACUGAAGAUGAACUGCGACGGGCAACUGCAAUCCUUGCGACUGCUGUGAGCUCAUACAAGCAAGCUGCCAAGACGUGUAGGAACUUGUCCGCAAAGCCAAAGGCCAAGGCCAAAGCGGUGGCGGUGAAACCGCACAUGCAGCGACUUGAGAGCAAAGGGCAUGUCUCGCACCUGACGAAGAAGAUCGCAGCCAUUGCAACCCAUGGCAAGCACCCAAGCAAUGCGGAACGUGAUCUCUUCCGUGUGUUGCACUACCAGCACAGCUUUCCUGUGGCCUUGUUGGGGAUCACUAGUACUGACUACCCAGAACUCAAACUGAAAGCGUGGUCCAAUCGUGUCAUGGUGUCUUUCCUGGCUGUUUGUUUACAAGAAGCAUGCAACAAGUUUGACAACGCAACAAGACCCAACAAUCUGGCGCUAGCUUGUGCUGCUUUUCAAAAGAUGAGUGAAUGGCUCCUCCUCAUCGAGAUGACUCCGCGCUACAUGAGCCAAGAAGAAGCCGAUCACAUUUACAAGUUGGGGUGUAAGCUUUGUGCUCUUGUCAUGACCGUCUGGGCUAUGUUGAUGGUUGAGAUAGUGAAUCCAACCGUGAAAGACAUGCAGGAAAAGAUGGCGUAUUUUGACAGUUGUGAAUCUUGUCAAUAUGCGACAUCUUCAGUGAUGAAUGCGAAUUUGUUGCUCUUCAAAACUGUGGUGGCUGGUGAUAGCUGGGGCCAGAUUGCAGUGCCAGUGAUCCAAGAGAAUCCAGGCACACUAGUCAUUUUCAUUGGUAGCCUGGUGACCCUGGUUUUCGGAGUUUUAAAUGUGAUCGUUGCCGUUGUUGUUGAUACUUUUGCGGAUGCGAGGCAACGAGAUGUACAAAAUUUGGCAGAGGAACUGGAUGAUGACAUUGUUGCUGACAAGAAAGACUUGCAGAAAAUUUUCAACCGGAUUGACGUCGAUGGUAGUGGGCAGUUGACGAUGGAUGAACUCCUGGAAGGUGCUCGGAGCGAUCCUGCCUUUCAGAGCCGCUUGAGGGUCAUGGACAUCGAUGAGAACGAUCUAAUGCAGUUGUUUUCAAUGAUUGAUAAUGACAGUUCAGGUACCAUUGAAGUGGCGGAAUUUAUUGGACCUUUGAGCCGCUGGGCGCAUGAUUCAAAGACGGCACCACGAUUCAUUAAGUACAACCUCUUGCAAUCCAUCAAUCUUCAGGAAGAUCUCUAUGACAUGUCGCAAACCCAUUUCCAUGGCUUGUCGCACAAGAUAGAUGACAUACAGAACCAGCUGCACAUGCUGCGGUGCUUGGGCGGCAUGGUGCUGUGCAUGAACAGCGAACAGUGCUGCACCCAAAUGAUAUCAUAUAAUAUCAUAUGUAACCCUGAUAGAUAUAGCAGUAAUUCUAUAAGAAUGCUCUAUAUAUUUAGUUUUAACAUGUUGUCCGCAACCUUAACGUUCGCCCAGACUCAUGAUUGUGACAUAACAGAACAAUAUGUCGAUUGGGGAAAUAGCAUCAACUUUAUCUUCAUGAAGGAUCAAAAUUUGCCACCUCCUCUGAACAAUACGUUGAUUGGGAUAAUACAUCAAAUAACAUCAACUUUAUCUUCAUGA